AAGACAGACCGAGAGACUCGUUCUCGGUCAAGACGGAGGAGCUGCGAAACUCGAACUAGGUCAAGACAGACAAGCCGAGAGACUUGUUCUAGGUCAAGACAGACAAGCCGAGAGACUCGUUCCAGGUCAAGGCAAACAAGCCGAGAGACUCGUUCCAGGUCAAGACAGACAAGCCAAGAGAUUCGAUCCAGGUCAAGACAGAUGACUCGUGAGAUUCGAUCCAGGUCAAGACAGACGAGUCCAGAGACUAGAUCCAUGUUGAGAGAGAGGAACCAGGAGAUCCAUUCCAGGUCAAAACAUAGGCGCAGAGGAACUUGGUCCAGGUCAAAACACAGAAGCAGAGACAGUGAUUUCCGGUCAGGUUCAAGUUCAAGUGACAGAACAUUGGGGAAGUUGAGACCAGCUUUUAUGGACCUAGUUGAUCCUGUCCACAAGAGUAUCAAUAACAGGUUAAGAAGCAGAGAGAGAAGCAGAACAAGGUCACAUAGUAGAAAUUCAUGGACGAGUAUUAAUGACCUUCCAUCAUGUGUUGAAACUAUACAAGGAAAGGAUCUGAGCAGUCAAAAGAAGGAAAAGAGAAGAAAAAAGAAGGUUAAGAAAAGUAAAGAGAAGAGAAAACGAUACAGGAAAUCUUCAAUCGGAUCUGUGAAACUUAAGCAGGAGGAAAAUUGUUCAACAAAAGAGAUGCUCUCGACAUACACUUUUGAUAAAGAAAACAGCACCGAGGAAGAAAAAGAUUGCAAGGAAAACAAAGUGAUUGUGAUUUCAAGUAACAGCAGUAGUUCAGACGAAAACAUAGAAAAAACAAAUAAACAAAGAAAACUAAAAAGAAAGAAAAUUAGAAACUCACCAGCAAAAGUAGGAAAUGGGGAAAUUUUGCAGAUGUCAUGCCAGAGGUCUCCUGUAGGAACUUUCUUCAGUAGAAAAGUUUAUAUGACCACCGUACAUCCAGUUACAAAUGCUCUUCCUGUCCGCCAAACCUCCGAAAAGGACAGUGAAACGAGUGAUGAGUUAAAGAAAGACACUAAUGAUAGUUAUAGCAGACAACAUACUCAUCAAAGAUAUAUGUCUGUUGGCUCAUUGCAAAUGGAAAGUCUCUCGGAGUCUGAGGAGAACAUAAGACAAGAUUCAAGAAAGUUGAAAAAUUUGGUUUUGGAUAAAAUUUACAGGAGAUACAUUACCGAAUCCUCAGACAUACCGAGAAAGAUAACAGAACCUGACAAAGAAUUAUGUUCAGAAUCUGAAAAGGAAUCUCAUACGCUGUCUACAACCAAACAAACUGACAGUGCUGGACGUAGCAACUUCAUCGGUGAGCAAAGCACCGGGGAUUGCAUUAUGCAUGAGGGAGACAGAACCGGUAAUGUCCAUGAAGAUGAAACUCUACGGUUAUAUGAAAUUGGAAAUGGACUUUCAGAUUCUCGAAAUUCAUCAAACAGUGGUGAUAUCUCAGAUUCAGGGGUUGCAAAUUUAGUAGACAUUGCAGAAGGAGAAUAUGACAAUAGCCUAGUUCAAAGUUGCCGUGUUGAUAGCUCGACCAACGAAGGUGAAAAAUCUGACCCCAAAACCACUAGUCUCAAAGAAGAUGCAAAGGAUGGAAGUAAAGAGUCAACAGAUUCUGCUCGGGGUGCCGACAUUGCUAAGCAGAUAGAAAAGAGCAGUCAGAGGGUAACAGCGCUGCAAAAUUCAAAUCAGCAGGUCAGUUCAGAAAAUGAAACUGUGACAUCUUCAGCUACACCAUUUGAAGAAAAUGAGAUGCUCCAGAGUGAUGUCAUCUGCAUUGAAAACUUAGACAAAGGUACACCACUGCAAGAUAAAAGUGAUUCUGAAUCAGUUGAGUCCUUCUUACUAUUUGACGUGGAUGAUGAGCUAAUUAGCGAGCAGGUAAUUCAAGAGGGCAAGAGAAGGACAAGUGCUCUUGUGGAUGGAGACAAGACUCAAGAAUUAGUAUCCAUCAGUGAAAAUGAAAUGAAUGAAAAUGGUAAUGUCUGCCACGAGACAGUAGAACUAUGUUACAUGCCAGAUGACACGGAGGAGACAGAAGAAAUUCAGUGUAAUCAAGUGACGUCAGAAGAAACAGAAUCUUUAGAGCGUCCUCAAUUCAACAACUCACGCCAUAGACAGGAAUGGACGUCAAAUAUAGCAGAAUCAGUAAAACUCAAGGGACGUAUCUCAGCGUCCACAGUUACUGCGGUACGUAAACAGACCGAUGGAAAACAGAAAGGUGCAUCCUCAAAGCCCUCGGAGUCCCCAACCUCCAUCCCUUCCUUGGAGAAAGAAACACCGGAUACUUCAUCUCACUCAGCCAAACGAUCCCAGAAGUCAAAGGUCUCUAUGAAGUGUGUAGAAAAUAACGUUAUCAAUUACCUGACCAACAUAUGCCCGGAGUGUCAGUCUGUCCUAGUUCUAGAUGAGUUCACCUCGGUUAAUCUCAAGACGGGAGACAUUAAGAUGAAGUGCCAGCAAUGCCUCAUGUACACGUUUAUGAAGGGUGCUCUUGCCUUGAGUGCGAGAAAUUUAAGUACAAAAGGGCUCGAGAUGAAUUCGAAAAAUCGGGUAGAAUUAUCGUCCGACAAUAAUCGCGACCAUGAUAAAGAAAAUAGAGCAAAUAUGAAGAGUCAAGGCCCGAAGCGAAAAAGUAAAAUAACACCACCGUCUAACAGCAAAAAGAAGAAACCCCGGAAGGCCAGCGUAGAAGAAAAACUGAAAGCCUUAAACAACAAGGAUAAAAGUCCCCGCAAAACGAAAGGCAAAUAUCCCGUUUUGAGACGAAGAAAAGCGAGAAAGACCGCAGAGGUGGGUUUACAAGCAACACAACCUCAGCUUUCUCAAAAGAAGCCAGCGGUGGGCUCAGUCAAGAGAGGAGCGAGUACUGAGGCUGGGAAUAGUGCCAAGAGGUCUAAUACACAGAUCGACGAAGGAAUCUAAAAUCAACAAAAGUGUCGUGAGGUGAACAGACUAACAUGGCCGCCUCGAAGAAACAACGUCAAUAAGAGGAGAGAUUGGAAUGAAGUUCGAUACUUUUCACAUUGACAGACUCUGCCGCUAUCGACGAGUCAAAGGAAGGACACCUUAUCAGCCUAAAAGGAAAAAAAGAAGAGGAAAGGGAAAAGGAAUCGAAAUGCAGUGCUGAUUACUCUCUACAGGAUAAAACCUUUGUUUAAAGGAUGUUUUUUUUUUUUGUUUUGUUUUUUGACAUAAAGGAUUCGGACACAUUCAGGUAAAAAAAAAUCUAAGGCAAUAUCUAUAUACAAGAAGUACGUAGGCAAAAUUGCUGAUUUAUUAAAUGUAUGUAUACGUUGUAUGUAGGUGAAUUAAAGGAUAUUCAUAUAUACAAACUUCGGAAUUCGUUUUGUAUAUAUAUAUAUAUAUAUGUGUGUGUGUGUGUGUGUGUGUGUGUGUGUGUGUGUGUGUGUGUGUGUGUGUGUGUGAAGUAUUCUUUAUGUAUUUUGGUCUUCAUUCCAAGAUUCCCCUUGAAUAAUUACGAGGAACAUAGAGUACACAGUAGAUCAUUUGUUUUACUUGGAGUGCUCCAUAUGUGAUGUGUUUUUGUAUUUGAAGUACAAGUACCUUUUUUAUAUAUGUAAUUUUUAUAUGUAUAUUUUUGUAAUAAACGUAUAAAACUUGAAAGAUGAAAGAUGUUUUAUAGAAUAGACAUAUUGUGCAAGAGUUCCCGAAUAUAAAUAUGAACCCUCAGUUUUAUGUAAGAUUUUGUGUUGCUACAUUAGUUGUGAAAUUAUGAAUACAUGAAGGUCAUGAAGAAGAAAAC